CAAGCAUUGGAUAUAAAACAACAUAUCUUACCUACGUAUUUAUUUUGCUCUGCACAGGUAUUAUUUAAUUCAUAGGCCCUUCCGUUCCAUUUUCUUAUAUCGAACUGUCUUUUUCUGGACACUGUCGUCAUGGCAAUGGCCGAAGACGCAUCCGCCUUAGAUUUUGAAAUGUCCAUGAGGACUAUGCGUCUGGAGAAGGAGUAUGAGAAGACUCUUUCGGAUUCCGCUCGUCUUCUGGAUGGCGAGAGGGACCGCGUACGACGCAUGGAGCUCUUGCUCUUGAAAUUCGAGAACGAAGCUCUGCGAUCACAGUUGGAGGAAGCAAAUGGGCAUCUUUUGGGAUUCACAAGUGCUGAUUCAGAGGCAUGUGCUCAACUUCAGGAGGCUUGCCAGGAAAUUGAUCAUUUGGAGCUUCAAGCACAGGCAUCCUCGAGUGAGAUUAACCGACUCAAAGAAGAACUCUCGGCCCAGAAAAAUAAUUCGACCAGUUACAAUACUGUCCUUGCAGAGAAACUUCAUCUCUCCAGAGAUCUUUCAACUCUACAAUCAGAACUUGAGCGGCUCAGAGCGCAAAACGCAUCAUAUCAAACCAUCAUUUCCGAGAAACAUGAGAUGGAACGGCAAAUAAACUCUCUAGAGCUUCAACUUGACAAUGAAAAACAUGCCCAUGAACGUACUCAGGCCAAGGGAUCGCAGCAAAUGAAAGAGAUUACCCAGCUCUCUGCUCGAGUUGAAGAGUUGCGGAAUGAGCUAGCGGGAGAAUUGCGAGCCAAACAGCAGCAGGAACGGGACUACAACCAUCAGAACUCGGCAUGGGCCAAUCAGCGGGCGACGUUUGAAGGAAAGAUUGAUUCGCUCAAACAACAAUUGCGGUCAGCCAAGGACAAGCUCCAGGAAGCCCAAAUUGAAAUUCAGCAGCGACGCAGCCUCAAAUCACACGCAGAAAAUGACUCUGAAUCCGGUUCUCGGACAGUCCCGCUUCAGCGCCCUGGCCCGAGUGGCCAUGCCGGCGUGACGAUUGCAACCCCUGGGGCUGUUCGUGUACAAGAGAAACUGAAGAGGGAUUCAGCCGUGCCUGGUGAUAAGUCGGCGUUUUCCAUCACUCCAUUCUUGAACCGCACGGGGGCACCUUCGGAUUCACCAAUGAGCUCAGUUGGAGACGAAGACGAGAUUAUUGGAGAUACCGAUACCCCUCCUGGACUACUCGGCAAGCAGAGCACUUUUGGCGAACCAAAGCGUAUCGGUUCUGCCCUCCGGCGCCAACUAUCUCCGACAGAAGACCGCAUGCCAAUCACAAAAUCCACCAAACCAGGGGCACGUGAUGGCGCAAUACCUGUGUUAGCACCGGAAAACGAGGUCAAGAAACCAACCCAUCGCUUAGAUCGCAGAGUGCCACCCACCGAGACCGAUGAAUUACAUGAGCAGUUUGAGCAUGAACAGGCCAAGCCGAAAAAACGCAAACUUGGUGGUCAGCGUGAUCGAAGUUUGUUCGAGGAGGAGGAUGAAGAAGAGCCUCACCCCAAGAAAUUCGGGCGAAAACUUGCAAUUGAUGAGAAAUAUCGAAUCUUCAAGGGUGGGCAGACAGUUGUUGACUUGGGUUAUGCUCCGGGAUCGUGGUCUCAGAAGGUUGCUGCAAGCCGUACCCAACCGCAUGGUCGAGUCCUCGGUGUCGAUAUCAUCCCAGCCCAGCCACCGAAAGGAGUGUCUACAAUCCAGGGCAAUUUCCUCGCACCCGAAAUCCAAACAUACAUCCGAGACUUUCUCCGCAGUCCAGACAGGGGCAGACCGCGACAAGCCGGCUUUCUGGACGAUUCCAGUGUCAGUCUAUUGGAGCCGAAUCCGGAUACUGAACGCACUACCGAGGCCGAGAAGAUGGAUAUAAGGGGUGAUAAAAUACUUGAAAGAACGGUAGAUGUGGUUCUUAGCGAUAUGUCUGCUCCCUGGCAACAGACCUCCGGUUUCUGGAAACGAAGUCUAAGUGCUCCUUAUAACAGGAUGAUGAACACCAGCGGUGUCAGUUUCAGAGAUCAUGCUGGAAGCAUGGAUCUCUGCCACGCGGCUUUGCGCUUCAGUUCGGAUGUUUUGAAGGCAGGCGGUCAUUUCGUCUGCAAAUUCUACCAAGGCGCCGAAGACAAAGAACUGGAGCUGCAGCUGAAGGAAUUAUUCAAAAAGGUUCAUCGUCUGAAACCUGAAUCAUCUCGCAGUGAAUCCAAGGAGGCCUUUUUCGUUGGCCUGGAGCGAAAAUCGUGA